CUAAAUUUGGAUAUCUGCCUAUACUAAUCCGAUCCAAUAUCAAAACCACAUAUAUGCAUGGGUUUGAACUUGAGGUAUCACCAAGUAGACUAUUUGGUCAGAAAGGGAGUCAGAAGAACAGGAAACCAAUUAAUAAGUAAAAAGCAACAAGUAAAAAAGUAACAAUCCCAUCCUGAAAACUAAUAUGCAAGUGUUAUGAUUUCAAAUUAAUAUUGCAUUUGACUCAAUGUCAGUAUCAGGAAAAUGCCGAUACUUUGGGAAAAUUCCGAUCCAAUCUCUGAAUUAUGUUGAUAUCUGAACCCGAUACCGAUACCGAUACCCCAUCCCUAAUCAUAAGUAUGAUUAUUUUAAAAUAGAGUAGCCAUUUCAGUCGUUUAUUUUCCAAAUAUAUGCGGCCCAUUCACAAAUUUGACCUAUUGUGAAUACCUAUAUUUAUGAAGCAAUAAACUAAUAUUUACUGGUCUGAUCUAGUAGGUUUUGCAGCCAAGGAAUUUAAAAUGGCGGACAUGGAGAAGUCAUAAGCAACCAAUACUUAGAAAUCAAUGGUGGUGGUAAAUAUAGCCUACAUGCAUCUUUUUCUAAAAUAAUCAUACUCUACUUUUUAACAAGGCAUCCUUUUCUACAUACACUGUCCAAACUCAAGAUUCCACUAUAGUGACCUGAUGUGUUAUUUGAACGCGUCAAUACAGUAUGGGUUAGUGUGAUUGUGUUUUUGUUGUUGUUGCUCUUGUUGAACGUGAAAGCAAUCUAUUUUCUUUUUUUCUUCGUCUCGCCCAUCUUUUCAGGGUUUCCAUACGCCAUGUUGAGGUGAACCCAAAGGUUGCUCUAUUGAACAUGCUCAAGCGGCUGGAUAAAAUCCGAUUCCGAGGUCCGAAGCGCGAUGAGUUCCUGGAUCUAGUGGAGUCCCCCAACACCUCUGACACAGAAGGCAGCGAUGACCUAAUAAUCAAACCCAGGUCUUCCUCUACCCUCAGAGACAUGGAGGACAUACGAGACCCUGCUGGUUCAGGGUCCGUCAUUAUGGCUGCUGCCCUCCAGGACUACCACAGGAGCGAGCUGGAUCGCCUGAAUGAGGUCAAGGGUCAUCUGGAAAUUGCCUUACUAGAGAAGCACUUCUUACAGGAGGAGCUGAGGAAGCUGAGGGAGGAGACCAAUGUGGACACGCUGAAGCAGGAACUGGAGAAGGAGCGCGGCAAGAGGCUCGACCUGGAACAGAAGAUGACCGAAGUGCUCAAGACCAGGUUGGAAGACUCGCCUCCUCAGCCCCCUCGGAAACAACAACAGUCUCCCUCCACCAGCGAAAUAGAGAGACACAAAGAUACUGUGUAUACCCGCAUGUACACGUGGCUGUAUGACCGGUUUGGCAUCUACAUCGAGGACUUUCGAUUUCAGCCGGAGGAGACGACUGUGGAGGCAGAAGAACCACUAAGUGCUAAAAGGUUAACUGAAAACAUGAGGCGACUCAAACGAGGCGCCAGACCUGUCACAAACUUCAUGAGGAACCUCUCCGCCUUAUCCAACUGGCAUUCUGUCUACACGUCAGCGAUUGCCUUCAUUAUCUACAUGAAUGCAGCAUGGCAUGGCUGGGCCAUUCCCAUGUUUCUGUUUUUAGCCAUUUUGAGGUUGUCCUUGAAUUACCUCAUCGCAAGAGGCUGGAGGAUUCAAUGGAGCAUCGUGCCUGAAGUCACAGAGCCUGAGGAACCUUCAAAGGAAGAUCUAACUGUGUCUGAGAAGUUCCAGUUGGUUCUUGAUGUUGCACAAAAAGCACAGAACCUUUUUGGAAAGAUGGCAGAUGUUUUAGAGAAAAUUAAAAACUUGUUCAUGUGGGUGCAGCCAGAGAUCACCCAGAAGCUGUACAUCGCCCUGUGGGUGGCCUUCAUCUCCUCCUGCCUCCUGCCAUACAAACUCGUGGGCUUCCUCCUCGGGUUGUAUGCGGGCAUCAAGUUCUUCAUCAUCGACUUCAUCUUCAAGAGUUGCCCCAAGCUGAGGGACAAGUACGACACGCCUCGCAUCGUGUGGAACAACCUCCCCACGGACCCCCAGCUGAAGGAGCGCACCAACGCCACCGUCUCUCGACGGCUGUCUACUUCGGAAAAGGUUCAGCCCGUGGUUUCUCGGAGUAGCCUAGCAGCGGCCCCCUGUGGUGCCCCCUGUGAGGAGACCAUCCGCUUGCACAACCUGAAGAAGGGGGCCUUCCACGAGGUCUUCUCCCUGCCAGAGAUUGAGCGGCCCUUACCAGUGUGUGAAAAUGGUUGGAGGUGCUGCUUAAUCAACAGGGACCGGAAGAUGCCCACAGACUACAUCCGGAAUGGGGUCCUAUUUGUCACAGAAAACUACCUGUGCUUUGAGAGCUCAAGUUCAAAGGCGGGCUCUUCAAAGAAGAACAAAGUCAUCAAGCUCGACGAGAUCACCGACAUUCAGAAGUACAAAGUCCUUUCUGUUUUGCCCGGCUCUGGGAUGGGGAUUUCCAUAGCCACUCCCUCUACUCAGAAGCCCUUAGUGUUUGGUGCCAUGGUUCACAGGGAUGAGGCGUUUGAGGCGAUCUUUACCCAGUACAUGAAGAUUAUGACCACAGCUACCCCCGAUACCUAGCGCUGUCUAGAAGAAUGAAGAGGAGGGCAGCCAGGUGCCAACGGGCACUGCUGCGACUGUGCCACCCUCCACUGGGCGUGUGGGACGGGUCCAAGUCCAGUCAGAACACUGCGCACCCUCAGCUCCCUCGUCUCUCUCACUGCGCCAACUAAGGCUCAGGGCUGUAGCACACCAUGCUGGUCUCUGUCUCUCUAUUUCUUUUUCUCUCUCUGUGUCUCUCUGACAUUCUCUCUCUCCCUCUCUUUCUCUCUCUCUUUCUCUCUCUCUCUUCCUCUCUCUCUCCCCCUAACUGUCACCUGGCCAUGCCAAGCUGUUAUGCCCUUCAAUACUGGGAGAGAAAUCAGACUUUGCAUCGGGUCAUGGAGCACAUUCCUUUUCUGAUGUUGUUGUGUGUGCGUGUUUGUGCGCGUGCGUGUAACCAUGUCUCUGUCAACUGGACUGGGCAGACAGGUUCUUUUUUUAAAAAAAAGAAAAAAAAGCACUGACAUUUCAAAAUGGUGGGACGGAGGCUGGAUCUCCUGACCUGCUGAAAUUAGUUUCCCUUUCACUUUAAAGCAUUGCAAGGAUACAUGAGUCACAGAAGUGUGUGCGUGUGCGCGUGCGCGUGCGUGCG